CAGGUUUUGGAAAGGAAGAAUGCUACAGGGGGAGCAAUUGCAGUUGAUCAUCUUUCUGAGUGAUGGACAAAGGUUCUCCCUUCAAUGUGUUAUAUCUUGGCAUGGCACACCAAUUUUCCCAAAUUGCAGCUAGUGUUGAAAUUACGUUGUAUACGUAUUGUUUUGCGGAUCAUCCUGGUGUUUCUCACUUGGGUUCUUGAAACACUUGGGCUAUGUUUGGAUGCUCAAAAUCCUGGGUAGGAACGGGAAUUGGUUGCCAAGAAUCAUAUUCCUAGCAAACCAAUACCUGAAGUAAUUCUAUUACGAUGGUUGAAUUUAUUUAGUGGUCUUAUCUGGGAUACAUUGCUCUUGGAAAGUUAUUAGAUUGAAUAUUUUCUUUUUUAAAGUAUUAUGCCAGGAAUCUAGGAUUACCAUGCGGCAGGGGAGGGAUGAGAUUCCCACGUAGUUUGUGAUACAUGGUACAGUAUGUCAUUAAGAAUCACAUUCCUAAUCCAGUCUAUUCCAAACGCGGCAAUCUUGUGGAUAUGGUAUUACAUUUCCAUUCCUCGAUAUCUUCCAUCCAAACUGAGCCUUCGUGCAUUGCGAGGCAAAACCCACCAAUGAUGGUGGGGUGGGGUCACAAAUUUCCUUUUAUUUACGUUGCACAUUUUUGUCAGCUUUAGAAAAAUGUGUGUUGAGUGUUGAAAUUUAAUCUCUCUCUUGCAGAUCUGCAGUUUGGCUGUUAGAGAAUCUUUAGCCAAUGUAAGCCCGACCUUAAAUGCUGACUCGUCUGUUGACUGGUUGUCAAGUUAAGGUCUUCGGUCACAAGUUUGAUUCGUUUGUGAAGAACUUUGAGAAGUCCUUCCGGAGCAACUUGAUGACUCUUAGAUUAAUUAAUGAGUCUUCUCAAAGCGACAGAGAACACCGAAGACAUUUAAACAGAGAAAGCAAUUAUUUUUCAGAUAUGACUGCUCAAGUGUCUCGCAACGACGAACACUGUCUUACAUGCACUUCUGGUGUAAGAUCUUGUCAGCCAGAAGCUGUUGGGCCCACUAUCAGUUCCGAGGAGCAUUUUGGCAUUCUAGGAGAGACAGAGCAAAAUACAAGAUCAGGUUUACUAAACCGGGAGCUGGCUUUGAAUGGUGGUGAAAUUAACCAACAGUUGGCUUGUGUUUCAAGUUCUUCAGUAAACCAGUCUAUGUUUAGUACUUUUGAGAGAUCUGUGAUUGAGCAAACUCGUUCUAACGACCUCAAGACGUUUGAGAUUGGUCUCACCAUGAAAAAAUUGCAGAUGACAGAGAAACAGCUCUCUCUCCACUCUGAUUUAAAUUUCUUGGAGAGGUGUAAAUUAUCUAUGGGUACAAAAAGGGCGUUCUUUAAAGCCGAGAAAUUCAAAACUGAAUUAGAAGAAACAAGACAUGCUGAGCUGCUUAAAAAGUGCACAGACUGUCUUGUUGCUGGCUUGCUCAUCAUGUUGGCAUCAAUUGGAUACGGAACGUAUGUUUAUUCACACCGCAGGAUAACUGAAGCUACUGCAUCCUGUAUGCCUUCCGAGGAAUCCAAUUCAUGUUGGGUCCCAAAGCACGUGUCAUCAUUCAAUUCAGGACUACGGUUCGUAUCAUGUUAUCUUCAAGUUUUGAGCCGUGUAAUAUUCUGCUUGUUCAUGAUCUUGGCAAUCACUUAUUUACUUCUCCUACAGUCGUCCGUUUCAAGUCAAACAAUGCCAGUCACAUUCAUCCUCAUCCUAGGAGUUGCCUGUGGUUUUGCUGGCAAGCUUUGCAUAGAUACAUUGGGAGGGAGUGGAUACCACUGGCUCUUGUAUUGGGAAGUACUAUGCCUUUCGCAUUUCUUUUCAAGUGUUCGUACCUCAGAUUUGUUUCACGUCCUCUAUGGGCCCAUUAGUGUGUCUCACGGGGGAGCAAUGGAGAAGACAAUGUUUCCGUACUGGAUUAGGCGAUUUUUUUGCUACGCCAUUGUGCUUCUGCUUCUGCCGAUGAUACGUGGACUAGUACCUUUUGCCAGCCCUGCUGAGUGGAAAGAUCACUUAUCAUUAAAGGUGAUGGAUUUGUUGCAACCUACAAGCGAAUGGAACUGAAGGUUAGUGGUCUGGCAAAAAGAGCCUAUUCCAUUUUGACUGUCAAUUGAACGGUUGGUUACCUUUUGCCAGCCCUGCUGAAUGGAAAGAUUACUCUGCGUCAGGGGUGACAGUUUCUUGCAAACUAUGAGUGAUUCGAACUGAAGCCUCUUGUUGUGAUAAAAAGAAGCCCAAUCAAGUAAAUUAUUUUCUCUUGUAUUGUUAUUCUGUAUUUUAGACUCAGAUCCUCGCGCAUUAUACUAGGCGAAGACAAGCGUAUUGAUCUGACUCAAAUUAUUGUGCUUGUUUUAUUCAGAGGUUAUUUAUUGUACUUCCACAUUUGGAGUGUAAUUUGGGUUUUCUCGGUAAGGGGAAAAAAAUAAUGUUGUACUUGGUUAGUGAUCUAACAUUAAGUUGUGAAUUUGUAAUAUAUAAGCAGAACUCUUUGCUUGAUUUAUAUAGCUCUCUGAGCACCAGUUAUUGAACGACUUGGAGAUUGUUUCGGGAGAAUUUGAUUUGAUUUGA